UUCACCAAGGACCCAAGAUAGAGCCUGGUGCUUCCACCAUCUGCGCCUCUGAUUAUUCUUUACAUGGUAUUCAGAGCCUAAUCUCCACAAAAUCCAAUCCACCAAAUCUAGCGCCAUGUCUAGCUCAAAUUCAUCAACCAAUUUUUUCUCUGGCAUAGAUGUCUCAGAAAAAUUGGGAAAGGUGAAUCAUGCGCUGUGGAAAGCCGAAGUUCGUUCAGCCAUACGUGGCGCUCGUCUUCAAGGGCACAUCACCGGCGACACCAAGGCUCCCGAAGAAGAGCUCGUCGCCACCGUUGAAGGAAAAGUAGAAAAGAGGCCGAACCCGGCUUUUGAGGAGUGGGAAGCCAAGGACCAACAGGUCCUACGGUUUCUUCUAUCGUCGCUCACCAAGGAGGUGAAAAUCCAAGUCUCUACAUGUGAGAUUGCGGUGGCUGUCUGGAAUGCCAUCGAGCAGAUGUAUGCGUCUCAAACACGUGCACGCACGGUGAACAUUCGCAUCGCCCUCGCCAACACCAAGAAGGGAAAUUCCACCGCUGCCGAGUACUUCGCGAAGAUGAAGGCGCUCGGCGACGAGAUGGCUGCAGCCGGACGACGGCUUGAUGAUGAAGAACUGGUAGAGUAUAUACUCACCGGACUAGGAGAAGACUACACUUCUCUAGUCACAACCCUAACUGCUAGGGUCGAGCCCAUCACAGUUGGGGAGUUGUACUCACAACUUCUUAACUUUGAGACUCGUAUGGACCUGACCUAUAGAGGCAAUAGUCUAGGGUCUGGAUCCGCGAACGCCGCCAGUCGGGGACGUGGUGGUUUCGCAAGAGGAGGCCGCAACCAAGGAGGACAUGGCGGCCAGAACAAUCAGCGUGGCCGCGGGCGCGACAGUGCUUCGGCACGUGGUCGCGGCAACGUCAACAACGCGUCGCAAAGGGGUGGCGGGCGCGGUGGCUACAACAACAACCACCACCGUGCACCGCCAUCUGAUGGCGAUGAACGCCCUCUAUGCCAAGUCUGCUUCAAGUCCGGGCACACAACGGAUCGAUGCUGGCACAGGUAUAAUGAGAACUAUGUGCCAGAUCCGAAGCUAGUCGCAGCUGCAAUGAACUCCUACACUAUUGACAACAAUUGGUACACCGACACCGGCGCCACCGAUCAUAUCACAGGUGAGCUGGAGAAGCUGUCUUUCAGAAACAAGUACAAUGGAGGAGAUCAGAUCCACACAGCAAGUGGUGCAGGAUCAGGCAACGAAGAAUACAAUUCUUAGAGGGAAAUGUCACAACGGGCUUUAUCCUCUUCCUUCAUU